CAUAACGGGCAGCGCGCAAUCCGGGGCGGCUUCUCCAGAGCGCAGGCUGGGUCCGACGCGCCCGGGGAGCCCAGAGCACCCUACAGGCUGAGUGCAGGACGCGCCCCCCAGCACAGCCACCCCACGGCCCCUGGAUGAGGCUUCCCGGCGUCCGCUCGGUGCCCGCAGCGCCGCGCCGGAGGUCCGCCCGCUGAGGCGCGGCCGGUGCGCCGGCAGCCAGUGCGCUCACCUGCCAGCCUGCGCGCCAUGGGGCAGCCCGGGAACCGCAGCGUCUUCUUGCUGGCGCCCAACGGAAGCCACGCGCCGGACCAGGACGGCACGCAGGAACGAAACGACGCGUGGGUGGUGGGCAUGGGCAUCGUCAUGUCGCUCAUCGUCCUGGCCAUCGUGUUUGGAAACGUGCUGGUCAUCACGGCCAUCGCCAGAUUCGAGCGUCUGCAGACGGUCACCAACUACUUCAUCACCUCCCUGGCCUGUGCUGACCUGGUCAUGGGCCUGGCGGUGGUGCCCUUUGGGGCCAGCCACAUCCUCAUGAAAAUGUGGACCUUUGGCAACUUCUGGUGUGAGUUUUGGACUUCCAUUGACGUGCUGUGUGUCACGGCCAGCAUUGAGACCCUGUGCGUGAUCGCCGUGGAUCGCUACUUUGCUAUCACGUCGCCCUUCAAGUACCAGAGCCUGCUGACCAAGAAUAAGGCCCGGGUGGUCAUUUUGAUGGUGUGGAUCGUGUCGGGGCUUACCUCCUUCUUGCCCAUCCAGAUGCACUGGUACCGGGCCACCCACCAGGAAGCCAUCAACUGCUAUGCCAAGGAGACCUGCUGUGACUUCUUCACGAACCAAGCUUAUGCCAUCGCCUCCUCCAUUGUGUCCUUCUACCUACCCCUGGUGGUCAUGGUCUUCGUCUACUCCAGGGUCUUUCAGGUGGCCCAAAGGCAGCUCCAGAAGAUCGACAAAUCUGAGGGCCGCUUCCACGCCCAAAAUCUCAGCCAAGUGGAGCAGGAUGGGCGGAGCGGGCAUGGACACCGCAGGGCCUCCAAGUUCUGCUUGAAGGAGCACAAGGCCUUGAAGACUUUGGGCAUCAUCAUGGGCACGUUCACCCUGUGCUGGCUACCCUUCUUCAUCGUCAACAUAGUGCACGUGAUCCAGGAUAACCUCAUCCCUAAGGAAGUUUACAUCCUCCUAAACUGGGUGGGCUACGUCAACUCUGCUUUCAAUCCCCUUAUCUAUUGCCGGAGCCCAGACUUCAGGAUUGCCUUCCAGGAGCUUCUGUGCCUGCGCAGGUCUUCUCUGAAGGCCUAUGGGAAUGGCUACUCCAACAACAGUAACAGCAGAACAGACUAUGCCGGGGAACACAGCGGAGGUCCCCUGGGGCAGGAGAAAGACAGCGAAGUGCUGUGUGAGGACCCCCCAGGCACGGAAAACCUUGCAAACCGUCAAGGUACUGUGCCUAACGAUAGCAUUGAUUCACAAGGGCAGAACGGUAGCACAAACGACUCACUGUUGUAAGGCGGGUUUUUCUACGUUUUAUGACCCCCCCCCCCCCCCAGCCAAACACUAAACAGACUAUUUAACUUGAGUGUAAUAAACUUAGAAUAAAAUUGUAUAGAGAUGUGCAGGAGGAAGGACAGCCUUCUGCCUUUUUUUUUUAUUAUUAUUAUUUUUUUAAGCUGUAACAAAGAGAAAACACAUUCGAGUGAUUGUUUCUUGUCCAGUUCAGUUCCUUUUUGCAUGGAACGUGUUAAGUUUGUGUCUGAAGGGCUUCGGUCCCAGAGGACCUGGGGCUGCUCUGUUUUGAUGACUUUUCCGUGGAUCUACCUCAUUGGUCAAGUAUUAGGGGUAAUAUAUAUUGCUGCUGGUAAUUUGUAUCCGAAGGAGUCCUUCCUUCCUGCACCCUUGCACUGGAGGAUCUUGAGUAUUUCGGACCUUUCAGCUGUGAACGUGGACUCUCCCCGCUCCUCUUAUUUGCUCAAACAGGGUGUCGUAGGCAGAGAUUGGAGGGGCAGGCUUCAGUUGUUUUCCUGAGCAAAGUCUAAAGUUUACAGUAAAUAAAUUGUUUGACCAUGACUUCAUUGCACCUGUUUCUCCAAAAACCCUUGACUGGAGUGUGGUCGCCUCCCCCGCUGGAAACCGCAGGUAACUAUUUGUAAUAACUGCCCAGGGACUUAAUAUGGAAUGAUACGAGAAUGGCAUGCACUGAUUGCUUAACCCUUUCUUUUGCCUUUGAAUCUGCCGCUGCAAACCUGUAGCCCUCCCAGUGCCAGCUCGUCAAAGCAGUUCUCCCUGCUGACAGCAUAGCUUGUCUCGCUGGUCCUAUGGUGAUCAUUCUGUGUUGUUACAUCAGAAACACUGACUCAUAGAAACCGAGUUACGGACAUCUGUUUCGUCCCUCCGUGCACCCUCACCACCCACCUUCCAGUUCCAGUAGCUGCUUAUGUUAUGUAUUCGCUGCAUCUCAUAGGGGAGGUGUUUGUACUGCAUCGGGGUUUGGCAUUUUAAAGAUAAAGGAGGGAGUUCUUAG